UCCCUGAAGGACACACCCCUGAGCGCAGGGUCCUCCCCUGAGCGGAGACGCUCCGGAUCAGUUCACACAGACAACCAGAGGACACAGAGGACAGGAGACAACAGGGACAUGAGCAGGAUCACAGCCGAUACCGAGACCCGGCCCGGGUCCAGGUCCGGGUCCGAUGAGCUCGUCUUCUUCGUCAACGGGAAAAAGAUCGUCGAGAAAAACGUCGACCCGGAGACGACCCUGCUGACCUACCUGAGGAGGACACUGGGUUUAACUGGAACCAAACUGGGCUGUGCUGAGGGCGGAUGUGGAGCCUGCACCGUCAUGCUGUCCAGAUACCAAACACACACCCAGCAGCUGCUUCAUCACGCCGUCAACGCUUGCCUCGCCCCGCUCUGCUCACUGCACCUGGUCGCCGUGACGACCGUGGAGGGCAUCGGCAGCGUGGCAAGAAAGCUACAUCCUGUCCAGGAGCGAAUCGCGCGAGCUCACGGUUCUCAGUGUGGGUUCUGCACUCCGGGGAUCGUCAUGUCCAUGUACGCUCUGCUGAGGAACAACCCCGCGCCCACCAUGGCCCACGUGGAGGAGGCCUUUCAAGGAAAUCUGUGUCGUUGCACCGGAUACAGACCAAUCCUGGAGGGAUACAAGACUUUCACUGUGGUGAGACGGUCACGCGUUCACCUGGAAACACACAAUAACACACACAGUGUUACACCUUUAAAGGCUUUUUGACCCACCUGAGUGACUUUGCAAGAAAUGUCCC